GAGUCGACUGUAAAGGACUAAGAAUCGACUCUCAACAUGGAGCUUGAUGUUAUCAGACAUGGCCGAAAAACAAGCGAAAGAUAGGGAGGCAAUGCAAAUGAUGCGCGAUGAAAUAGGGCAAGUCAAAGAGCAACGAGAAGCAAAGCAACGGAUGAUGGAAGAAAUUGGGAGGAUGCAGGCUUCUCUAUCACAACAAUUCACUGCUUUUAGUGCGUACGGGAUGCGCCCGCCUAGUGCUACCCCAUCGUUGCCUCACACAGGGCAAGCAUUUCCUCCUGUAGGGACAUCAUUCCCUACUGCUGGGCCAUCAUUUCAUGCUAGUGGGCCAUCAUUUCCUCAUGCAAUGCCAAUGCAACUCCCGAUAGAACCUGCAUUCCCAAUGGGCCAAAUGGGGAGACAAUCAGAAGCUCCAAAUACAUCUUCACCCAAUCCCCCGCAAGAUGAGUUUGGUUAUCAGCCGAGAUUUGAUACAGAUUACCAGGGUCCUUUUGGGCCCGAAUGAUCAGUGUGCAUGAGGUUGCGAACUCAAAACAUGACAUGUUCUUGCUACUUGAGGAAAAUACUUUUAUUUUUUGGAUAGACGAUUUGAACUUGUUAGGACAUGAGUGUAUAUGUCAGUUGGAAUUGAAUGGUUUGUGGUAAUAUUAACUGAAUUAUUGUGACUU